AUGACGCUUAAUACUUUCCAUAAUCUAUCUAUCUAUCUAUCUAUCUAUCUAUCUAUCUAUCUAUCUGUCAGAGUCUGUUCAUUAUCUAUCUAUCUAUCUAUCUAUCUAUCUAUAUCAUUAUCUAUAUCAAAAAGUUUUAUAUGUUCAGUAUGUAUCUAUCUAUCUAUCUAUCUAUCUAUCUAUUACACUAAAAUUAAUAUAUGUCUAUGUAUCUGUUACAGUCUGUUAAUAUCUAUCUAUCUAUCUAUCUAUCUAUCUAUCUUAGAGUCUGUUAAUAUCUAUUUGUUACAGUCUUUUAAUACCUAUCUAUCUACCAAUCUAUCUAACAAUCUCUUUCUCUCUCUCUCUCUCUGCCUCUCUCUCUCUAUCUAUCUAUCUAUUAAACAACCAAUAUAUUAUCUCUCUCUCUCGCUCUCUCUCUCUCUCGUUCUCUAUUCAUUCUAUCUAUCUAUCUAUCUAUCUAUUAUCUAUCUAUUCAUCUAUCUAUCUAUCUAUCUAUUACAGUCUGUUAAUAUCUAUCUAUCCAUCUGUCAGUCUGAGUCUGUUGAUAUUUAUCUUUCGGUAGAUCUAUCUAUCUAUCUAUCUAUCUAUCUAUCUAUCUAUCUAUCGGCGGCUGCUGAACAUUUAUCGGACUGA